UUCGGUCAUUUCCGGUCACGUUGAGUAUGACGUUUUGUAUUUGCCGCCACCCAGCGGCCAUCAUGUAGCACGACAUGGACAUUAACAAGUUAAGCGCCAUGUUCGGAUAGCCUCACAACGAAGUUGCUGCUUCAGCUUCUCACAAUUUCACCUUUGUUGAACUUAGGUUCGGCACCACUAGAGCUGAAGACAUACCGCCAUUAACAUUCCCAGCGAUGGUCACCAUAGCAGAGAUGAGCUGGUGUCUGCAGGGGGACGAGAACUUCCAUCACUCCUGUCAGAUGUUCCUGAAGCAGUCAGAUCAAUUAAGAGACGGCUGGAGUUGGGAGUCUGUCCAGGGUUCAGAGGAGGGCUACCUGAGGAAGACUGUUCUCAGGUCGGUCUUUAUUGAGUCCAGACCAAAGUGGGAUCACAACGGAUCUAGCUCAGACUCUUCUCGUCGCAACGUGUCUGAUGAACAGGGUCUUGAUGUUUAUGACACAAACUGUGACUAUGAUGAUGAAGAUACAGUGUGUGAAGGCAGCAGUCAUGUUCUUCAGUACGAGUACCACAUCCUGUACUCGUGCAGCUUCAUGACCCCCGUGCUGUAUUUCAGAGCAUCCAGUCUGGAGGGGAGGAGUUUAUCUUUAGAAGAGGUGUGGAGUUGUGUCCAUCCAAACUUCAGGUUGCGUUUGCAGCACAGUCCCUUGACGACCAUCACACAGCAGGAGCAUCCUCUGCUCGGGCAGCCUUUCUUCAUGCUACAUCCGUGCAGAACGGAAGAACUGAUGACACCGCUACAGGAGAUGGCCAAAGAGCAAAACAGGCCAGUGAACUACAUUUUGACAUGGCUCAGCAUGGUUGGUCCUCUUGUGGGUUUAGAUGUUCCCCUGGAAUACUCCACCCUGACUGAGACUGAAGCUGCUCAGCAUCCCUCGUCCCUAUCGACACUUCAGAUGGUGCAAGAAGCCCUUCCACUGACAUGGAAAAACAGACGGCCGGGUCCCACAUCAACGCUGCCCCCACCCCCUCUUGCGCCAUGACUUUCCAUCCUUUCUCUCUCCUAGUUUUUUCUCCUCUCUUGGCCUGGCUUCCCUCAGUCCCAUUUGGCUGUGUGCCCUUCCCCUGCUCCUCUCAUAAUGAGCUUGAUGGGUUAGGUUUAGUUUGGUGAGGUUCAUUUGACCUUCGUGAUUGGAACUCCUUACAAGCAUUUACAGACUUUCAAGGUUCUGUACAUUUAUGUCUGCUGGUUAAAUAUUAUAUGUAUAUUAGUGUGUAUGUAUAUAUAUAUAUAUAUGAUAUGUGAUAUAUGUGAUUGUAUGUAGCUCGGAGACGAAUAAUAUCAAUAAUACACGACAUAAGUAUCUACUUAUAGACAUUCUUUGAUAAUAGAUAAGUAAGGGGAGGGUUAUUGUGUGGGCAUAUAUAUAUAUAUAUAUAUAUAUAUAUAGACACACACACACACACACACAUAUAUAUAUAUAUAUAUACACACACACACAUAUAUAUGUAUAUAUAUAUAUAUAUAUAUAUAUAUAUAUACAAACAUACGAGUGCCACUUAGAUAUUUCGUAAAGCAACACAUGUAGAUAAGCUAAGAUCUAAGUACAUAUAUAUUUCAAGACAAAAUACCAACACAGAUUUGUGAUAUACGGUAAUCCUUUAUUUAUCGUGGCUAAACGGUUUGAGAACCGGCCUUGAAAAAUGAAUUUCUCUGAAUAUUGAUAUCGAUACUAAUGAACAAAAUAUUUUUGUAGUAUAGAAAACCUGUUGAGGUUUUAUCAUGAUUAGGGCUUUGUAUGGGAAUACAUGAAAUAACGACCCUAUGGUCACAUUUACACUCAUAUUAGCCAACAUUGUUGACGCAAUAAGAGAAAAUAAGACAUAAUUAGGCCUCUUAUUAUCUAAAAUAAUAAUAUAUAUUAAUAAUAUCAUAUAAUAAUAUAUUAUAGUUAGGCCAUCAGUGAUGAGUUUUAGCUGAAGUGUUAUUAUUACGUAAAUGACAACUAUUAUUAUUGUUGUGUAUUAUUGCUUGGGGGGUAACUCUAAAAUAAUAUCAGGUCAAAGCUAUUAGCAGUUGGCUAUUACGUCUGUGUUACUAGUGACACCUAGUGGCCAGUGUGGACUACAGUUCAGAUGAUGCUAACUGCUAAUGAUGUUAGAUGCAACCAUUGUUGAUUUCUCCACUUUCUGAGCAUUUUACCAUGUCUGAUUUCACUUCACAUUUCACUUUCAAAAAGAAUGUACACAUUUGUACUCUCCCCAUAGCUAAAAUUGAGAAAAACUGUACCUAACAGUACAGUACAUUACAUGUAUAGUACAUUACUGUACAGUACAUUUCAACUUGCACACAGACCAACACAUUCGCACGUACCAUGCAGUUUCUCCUGUGACCUUGAUGAGCACCAUAUGCUCCACCAUUUUCUGACUGUGAUACCCCGCCAUCGAUGCCUCGUGUGGACACGUGGACACACACUCGCUUUCAUACCGGGAAUAGCAAGGAUGCCACUCACUACAAACAAUGAACGUGUGGCAUAAACCUACCAGCAUAAGCAAUCUUUCCAUAUAAUUUACUUUUGUGUCAUGGACUCCUGUGGUCCACACAGACGACUUGGCCAUCUGCCCAAGGAGGAGGAGGUCAAUCAGCAGGAAAUAAGAGGACUCAGAAAAUACAUUAUUAUGUACUGUUAAUUAUCACUAUUAUGCUAACGAUACUUAGUUAGCAUAUAUAGCUCCACGCUGUGGCUUAGCAGUGAAAGACAAAGACAUCCAUAAAAUGUCUCUUUUUAAUACAUUAUCUGCAAAAAAUGCUACUUAUACUCCAGUAUGUUUUUUUCUACCUAAUUAUACAUUUUUGGCCUUGUAUGACUUAUACUACGGAGCGACUUAUAGUCCAGAAAAUACGGUAAUUUUAGAAGAAAAACAAAUGUAAAAACAACAGCAUUUAAAGGAAUACCGUCAAAAACAUUUAAAAAUGUGUAAUCUAAUCUAAUGAAAAAGUCAUAAUUUUAUGAGAAUAACGACAUAAUAUUAGGGAAAAAUAAUGUCAUUUUCGUAGCAUAAAGUUGAAAUUCAUUCAUUUUCUACCGCUUAUCCUCACAAGGGUUGCGGGGGUGCUGGAGCCUAUCCCAGCUGUCUUGGGGGGUACACCCUGGACUGGUGGCCAGCCAAUCACAGGGCACAUAUAGACAAACAACCAUUCACACCUUCCUGGAUGUUUGCUUUCUCCAAGGAGAUUCCAUCCAGAUAAUUGUUGGAUUCUUUAUGAAUCCAGCCCAAAUAAGUUAAGAUUCGUUUAGGAUUUUGCUGACAGAUUCGGAGUGUUUUCUCAGCAGAUGAUGUCAUGCAGCUAUUGAUUCAUCCUUGGGACCUCCCACCCCCCCCAAUUAAAAAAAAAGGUAUAAUGAAAUCCUUGAAGCUCAUAUCACUGGAUAGCAGUUGUGUGUGAAGGGAGGCGUGUGGAUGUUUACCAGCCCUUACAAAUGGCAAACAAGCAUGUCAGCAGGACGCUGAGUGUGUAUGUGCAUGUGUGUGUGUGUGUGUGUGAGUGUGUGUGUGUGGACAGCAGCUGCUACUCUGUGGAUGUCUCUGAGGACCACAGCAGGCAUCUGAGUAUUUGUUGUGUGUGUGUGUUUGCUUGGGGAGGGGAUGUGAAGGGCAGGUCAAUGAGAGUGAGCAGAACCAUCAGACAAAGCACACGAUGGAUACACGCCUAUUUGAAUUUAAAAAAAAAAGCACAGAGCUGCGCCUGCCUGAUUCAAUAAUUUCUUGGCGUUCUGUGUCUUCCUUUCUGCCCUUCACGGCCUGAUUGGCUACGCUGACUAUGGAAUCAUUGCUGGUUGAUCAUGGAAAGGGUCCGCUUAAUGGCAACGUAAUAAAAUUACACUUAAGUACCUCAUAGGAAGAAGCGGUGGUGGGGUUCUAGCGGUGGGCGGAUGGAUCUAAAUAUCGAUCCCAACAUUUGUAUCAAUAUUGAUCGAUACCGAUGUAAAAAGAUGGAUACUUCGGUUUCCUGUCCGCCUGCAGUAGUUUCAUUGAAGAUGCAACCUGGCUAUGUGUCUCUGCUGCUCAGAGAAGGCCCCUUUUGUCAACCCCCCCCCCCCCCCCCCCCGUGUUUGAUUUACCACCUACAUGUACUCUACAUAUGUACUUCCCACUCACCACAUGGACU